AUGAAGACCACUUGGAAGGACAUUCCUCCUGUCCCAACUCAUCAGGAGUUUUUGGACAUUGCUCUAAGCAGAACCCAGCGCAAACUGCCCACACAGAUUCGUGCUGGUUUCAAAAUUGGCAGAAUUCGAGCCUUUUAUACCAGAAAGGUUAAGUUCACCCAGGAGACGUUUUCCGAAAAGUUUGGCUCCAUCCUCGAGAGCUUCCCCCGACUUCAGGACAUCCACCCGUUCCACAAGGAUCUGCUCAACACCCUCUACGAUGCCGACCAUUUUCGUAUCGCCCUCGGUCAGCUUUCUACCGCCAAGCAUCUGAUUGAGACCAUCUCCAGAGAUUACGUUCGUCUUCUCAAGUAUGGCCAGUCUCUUUUCCAGUGCAAGCAGCUGAAGAGAGCCGCUCUCGGCCGCAUGGCCACCCUCGUCAAGCGCCUCAAGGAUCCUCUGCUGUACCUUGACCAGGUUCGCCAGCAUCUUGGCCGUCUGCCAUCCAUCGACCCCAACACUCGCACUCUUCUGAUCUGCGGCUACCCUAACGUUGGCAAGUCGAGCUUCUUGCGCAGCGUCACCCGCGCCGACGUCGAUGUCCAGCCAUAUGCCUUUACUACCAAGAGUCUCUUUGUUGGACAUUUUGACUACAAAUAUCUGCGAUUCCAGGCCAUCGAUACCCCUGGUAUUCUCGACCACCCGCUCGAGGAAAUGAACACCAUUGAAAUGCAGAGUAUCACAGCCAUUGCCCAUCUUCGUUCUGCCAUUCUCUAUUUUAUGGACCUGUCUGAGCAGUGCGGCUACUCAGUCUCUGCCCAGCUUCAGCUGUUCAAGAGCAUUAAGCCCCUCUUCUCCAACAAGCUCGUCUUUGUUGUUAUUAACAAGAUCGAUGUUGUCCGUCCCGAGGAUCUGGAACCCGAGCUCAAGGCGGAGCUCGAAGCCAUCCUCAAGCCCGGUGAGGUUGAGAUGCUUCAACUGUCGUGCACCACCCAGGAAGGUGUUCAGGAAGUCAAGAACGCUGCCUGCGAGCGUCUCAUUGCUGAGCGUGUCAACCAAAAGCUCAAGGCUGGUACCGCCAGCGGUGGCAAUAUCGGCGGCCGUCUUGCCGAUGUCAUGGCCCGUAUCCACGUUGCCCAGCCUAUGGGUGGCCAGACCCUGCAGACUUUUAUACCUGAUGCUGCCAAGGAACUAAAGAAAUACGACAAAGAGGACCCCGAGCGCCGCAGACUUGCCAGAGAUAUCGAGGCCGAGAACGGCGGUGCCGGUGUCUACAAUGUCGAUAUGAAGGUCGACUACCUGCUCAAGAACCCCGAGUGGAAGUACGACAAGAUUCCUGAAAUCUUCAACGGCCAGAAUGUCUUUGACUUUGUCGAUCCCGAUAUCGAUGCCAAGCUGGCCGCUAUUGAAGAGGAAGAGGAGAAGCUGGAGGCUGAAGGUUACUACGAAUCUGAUGACGACAUUGACGAUGACGAGGAGAUCGAGGUCCUGCGCAAGGCCGAGCUCAUUCGCGAGAAGCAGCAGCUGAUCCGCAACGAGGCCCGCAUGAAGAAGCGUCUCAAGAACCAGGCCAUCAUCCCCCGCAAGAUGGCCAGGAAGUCGCUGUCCGAGUUUGACGAUGCCCUAGACGCCCUAGGCCAUGACACCACCGAGAUGACGGAGCGCGCCCGCGCCAAGUCGCGCCAACGUGGCCGCUCCAUGACACGCGCUGCCACCGAGGACCCUGAUGCCAUGCAGGUCGAUGACCUCAGGGCCCGCCUCCGCUCCAAGAGUCGCCCCGCCAGCCGUGCACCCACGUCGAGCCGCAGAGACGCUGGUGUCGUGGACCAGGGCGAGCGCACCAAGGCUGACCGCAUCGCCAAGCUGGGCCAGCGCAAGAUGAACAGAAUGGCCCGACAGGGUGAGGGUGAUCGCUUCAUCGGUACCGCCAUGCCCAAGUAUCUGUUCUCUGGAAAGCGUGGUAUUGGCAAGACGGACUGGAAAUAA